AUGUAUAGUAUUAAAAUGAAGAGGCUCAAAUACUAUGGGAAAAAUACAACUUUGCAUGGAUUAAAAUAUGUAGCAGAUGAAAAAAGGCAUCCUUCGAUAAGGAUAUUUUGGGCAAUAGUAUUUAUUGCAAGUGUCUACUUUAUGCUCACUGUGUUCAAAGUAUCUUAUAAAACAUACGAGAAGAACCCUAUAAGUUUUGUCACGGAAACCACCUACUUGGAUUGGAACACAAGUUUCCCAGCGAUCACACUUUGUCCAAUAGCUGGCUCUGAACCGAAGUGGGAUGAUGAUUGCCGUGAAGCAGGGCAGCUGAAACUGUUUAUUACAGACUUGAUAUAUUUCACCGGCAGUUGUUAUUCUUGUAACACCCCAUGUUCUUCAUGUGCAUCAGUGAACUUUACUAAAUAUGUGGAGAAGUAUAGAAAACGAUGUUCUCAAAUAGUUACGUCCUGUAGAUGGAAUAAUCAGUCUUUUACAUGUUGUGACAACAUGCUGCCGCUUGAAACGGAAUAUGGAGUUUGUUAUUCAUUAAAUUCUUUGCACACAAAGAAGGGUGCUAAAUCUCAAAUGAAUUUUAUGAUGAAUAGGAAAACUGGUCCUGGAGAACUCUGGCUCCAAACAAAAGACGAUGUCAGGGUUUAUUUCCAUGCUCCAGAAGACGUUCCUUUUAUCAAUUCAGAUCCCGAUCAAAGGAAAGAUGUCAUGUUGGGUGAAUCCGUAAAUAUAUCUAUAGAUGUUAUUGAAAUUGAAAAUGACGACAACGUUAAACAUCUACCGGUUUGGAAAAGAGCAUGCAAAUUUCCGUGGGAGAAUGAUGGCGUGUUUGUGCAUGACUAUUACAGUUAUUCCACUUGUGUCGUUCAGUGCCAUGCAGAAAAUCAUUUUAGACUUUGCAACUGUACACAUCAUUUAAUGCCCUACUAUAACAAAAGAAGUUACUGCUACAUCAGAGGAUUGAAAUGCUUGACUGAUAAUUUCGAGACGGUAAACAGACUCCAUGCUAAAGGUUUUGAUAAGCCAGGAUUAGUUUGCGAUUGCUUGCCUUCAUGCGUUGAGCCCGAAUACAAAGUUAUUGUAGAUACAAAGGGGGUUAAAACUACUCAAAGCGAAAUAUAUAUUAAAAUGCAGUCGCUACCAACUUCUAGAUUUAAACGUAUAGUUGUAAGAACGACAAUGGACCUAGUUGUGUCAAUUGGAGGAAUUGCCGGAUUAUUUAUUGGAGCUUCACUUUUGAGUAUUGUCGAAAUAUUGUAUUUGUUGUUUAUAAGAAAAGUUAAAUAG